GGGGAGGAUGGAUGUGCUGAGGCGUGCGGAGCGGAGCGGGGCGAUGCGCGGGGUCCCGCCGGUGUGCGGGCACCGCCGGCCCUAGGGGCAGCUCGGCUGCAACCGCUGCCAUGAGCCGCGGCCCCCCCAGCCCGUCCUCCCCACCCCGGGGGGGGAGCCCCUUCCGGCAGCCCCUCGGCCCCGGUUGGGGGGAUUUGGACAUGCUGCGCUGCCCCUCCUGCCUCCUCCUCCUCUGGGAGCCGGUGACCGUGUCGUGCGGUCAUUCGUUCUGCAAAUCGUGCCUGGGGGGGGCGGCCGUGCCCGCCCGCUGCCCCCUGUGCCAGGAGAGGCUGAAGCUGCUGGGCGUCGGGGCGGCGAGGUGCAACGUGGUGCUCUGCGGCCUCCUGGAGAAAUGCGUGGAGCGGGAGAGCCGGCUGGCCUGGCUGGUGACCCGCGUCCGGGACCGUCUCACCCGUGGGGACACCCGGGAAGCACUGAGGAUGGUUCAGAAGGGGGUCGAGCUGGCCCCAGAUGCCAGCUCCCUGCGGCUGUGCCGGGCAGAGGUGUUGGUGGCACUGGGACAGCAUCCACAGGCGCUGGAGGACCUGGACGCUGUGUGCAGGGCUGAGCCUGGAGAGCAUGAGGCCUUCUUCAGGAAAGGGAAGGUGCUUCUGGAGAUGGGACAGAGAGCUGAAGCCCUGCUGGCAUGGGAACACUGCCUGACGCUCAGUCCCCAUUUCCACCCUGCUCGGAGAGAGAUGGAGAAGAUCCUCAUGCAAGAGGAUGCUCCUCGGCCACGCACAGCUGCUGUCCACCCAGGUGAUGCUCACCAAGGCUCGACUGGUCCCCAGGUGGAUGGAGGGAGCCCUACGCUCCCAUCCUCCUCCCCUCAAGCUCAGGACCAGGAGGGAGAGCUGGUGGAUGGCAGAGGGGAUGCUGGGUCUGAGCACGGCCAGGGGACCACCACCCUUUCCCAGCCGGGACGACAGCGGGAACUGGAGACUUCAUCAGAGAGGCAGGACCGUCAGUUGGUAGAUAACGAAGAGGAAACAGCAGCAGCAAAGUGUACCCAGCCGUGCCUCGGGGAGCUGCUGAGUGUGUCUGACUUGGAGUGCUCCCUCUGCAUACGGAUGUUCUUUGAGCCAGUGACAACACCGUGUGGGCACACCUUCUGCAAGGAGUGCCUCGAACGCUGCCUGGACCACCGGCCAAACUGUCCCCUCUGCAAACAGAGCCUGAGAGAGUACCUGAAGGCUGGAAGCUACAGCCCCACCGUGCUGCUGCAGGACAUCAUGCUGGCCACCUUCCCCGCACAGCUGGCUGAGCGCCGGGAGCUGCACCAGGCUGAGAUGGCAGAGCUCUCUAACCUGACCAAGAACAUCCCCAUCUUUGUCUGCACGAUGUCCUUCCCAGGCAUUCCCUGCCCUCUCCAUGUCUUCGAGCCUCGCUACCGCCUCAUGAUCCGGCGGUGCCAGGAGACCGGCACAAGGAGGUUCGGCAUGUGUAUAUAUGAGAGUGGGAAAAGUUUUGCUGACUACGGCUGCAUGCUGGAGAUCCGGCAGAUCGAGCUGCUGGCAGACGGGAGGUCCUUGGUGGACACCAUCGGCAGGCGGCGGUUCCGGGUGCUGAGCCGGGGACACAGGGACGGCUACAACACUGCCGACAUCGAGUACCUGGAGGACAAGAAGGUGGCCGGGGAGGAGCUGCAGGAGCUGCAGUGCCUACACGAAAACACCUACCGCUUGGCUCAGCGGUUCUGUGAGCACGGAGACCUUGCCUCCAGGCACAUUUUGAUGCAGCAUGGACCACUGCCGGAGAAGGAAGAGGACAUUCAGGCUUCAGCAGACGGCCCGACGUGGUGCUGGUGGCUCAUCUCCAUCCUGCCCCUGGACCCGUCCUACCAGCUGAACCUCUUCUCCAGCACCUCGCUGCGUGCCCGCCUCACCCAGCUGCAGCGCAUCCUCACUGCCCUGCUGCAGCAGCCCCCGCUGCCCGAGCGCAGCCCCCGGGGCCACGUCUGAGCCCCCCUCCACUUAGGGGAGACCCCCCCCCUGCCUUGGGUUUCUCGAUGUGUUGCUUUGUGAUUUUUGCGUGUGGUUUGGGAUGCCCCCCACCCCACCCCCUACAACAAGAGUGACCUCGGCGAUGAGCUGAGCACCCUCUGCCUGGCUCGGUGGGGCUGGUGCCACACUUGCAGCGACACUACACCGUCCACACUGCCUUCAGGAGCUGCUGGGUGACAUGGCUGUGCCGUGCCACCGGGGAGGGGACCGGGAUGGAAAGCUGGGUUGUGGCUCAGGAACCAAAGUCACUUGGUGCUGAGCAGCUUCAGCGCUAGGGAGGAUUCUCCUCAGGGCAGAGGACCGAGAACGUUGGUUUUGGUUCUUCUGCUUUGAAGGACAACCUGGGGGAUUUUGGUACACGGACCUGCUCCGUGCAGCAGAUUUAGAGGCUUGGGAGACUAGGCACCAGAAGGCAGAGAAAUCCCAAUGGCUUCUCCCAGCCUUGGGAGCUGAUGCUCUGCCUCCGCUUAUGACUUUGACUUAAUUUUGAUUAGAACAAGAAGAAAGGUUAAAUUAAACAAUCUGAAGCUCAUGGUCCUGCUCCCAACCACCUCCAUGGCCACAGGGCGAGGAGAUGCUGCUCUCCAAAUGUGCCCAGCUCUGGCUGUCCCCUUCCCACCGCUCUGCUGGGUGCUCUGCCAUGUUUGUGGUGCCGAGCUGGCUUCCCCAGGCUGGAGCCGUGCUGGAGGCUGCCAGCCACUUCCCUGGCUGCUGGGGGAAGCAGGGGGGAAUUUGGCAGGGUUGGUGCUUUCCCACCCCACCCAAAGGCUGCUGUUCCCAAGCCUGGCCGGGUUCAGGUUGGACCUGGGGGGCUGGAAGGAGCCGAUGGCAUGAGGGAACUAAGCCUAGAAGUGGUUUUGUGAGACUUUUCUGCUCCUUGACUAGUGCAAUUUUCCCGUGUUCAGUAUUUUUUGUGAACUUUCUGCCUCCUUGCAGGGGAAAAGCAGGGUCUGAGCUGAGGCCAGAUCCUUGCCAGUGGGACCCAGAACAGGUCAGGAUCCUCCAAAAGAGCACAGAAUGAAGUCAGAGGGCACUGAACCUCUGGAGAGGCGAGGAGAGGGUAAGGCCAGUGACCAAGGCUGUGAGCCCCACGGCAGGGGAGCAAGUGCCUGUCUGCAAGUGCCUGGCUGCUGCUUGUCUCUAAACACAGGGAGAAGACUAUCCCCCCCUGGACAAACCACACUUUCCUCCAUGGAAGUCCUGAAGGUUUGGGAUUUUUGUCUCCCAUCCAUAAUUUCAGUGGCUUUGGGUUGAAUUUUAGGAAUGACAUCCACUUAGUCAUUGAAUGAACAUUGCUUCCAGAAUUUUAUUCUUGCGUUUCUCUAAGGCUCCCCACCACAUCUGGGGGUUGAGUGGGCUGCGUGUGGGAGAGAAAAAUCAGGCUGGGGCUACAGUGCUCCUUACUGCACGUGUUGCUGGGUUGAGCCCGGGGCAGGAGGCUCUGGACACAGCUUCGGAGAGGUCCUUGCCCAGGGCCACCGCCUUUCCCUAUUCUGCUCUCUCCAGGAGCGAGAGGUCUUGGUCUCUCCUCUCCAGCAAAGUGCCUCCCCAGAGAGACAAUCAAUCAGGAGGAGUGGAGGGCUUGCUCCCCAGAGACCAUAGUGAGCACAGGGUAGGUGAGGACAACUCAAAGCUGAGGACAAACAAGGAUUUGCUCCUCUACCUUUGAGCCAUGGUGACCCCCACUUUGUUGCUGUCUCUGGGGCACCAUGACUCCCCCAAGGGACUGUAUCUCCCGGAUGUUGGACUGGGGUGUGGGCAGAGGUAGGUGAUGGAGGGACACCUUGUAGUCCUGAGGCAGGUGUGUGCAGGUGGCCGGAUGCCACUAAAGUUUGGGAAGUGCCUUUCUUUUCACAGCUCACCAGUGACCCCCCCCCCAACCCUGAGCCCCUCAUCUACCCCCUGAGUUGCCUGUUCCCCAGGUGUGGGAGCUCCCUGGGCCACUGUGGGUCCCUUCAGCAAGGGGGAGACAUGGGAGGGUGUGGGGAAGAAGCGUGUCUGCACCAUCUCCACGCUGGGGGAGACCCGGGGACCAGAGGCACAUCUGCCUGGCUGCUUUGGGAAAGGACUCGUGAAAAUCACUCCGGUUUGCUUGGAGUGCCUUUGGGGUUUGUAGUGGUAUCUUUGCUCUUUGAGUUAAAUUUUCUUCCUGGUCAUUGAAAUAAAGAC